ACAAAAGCUCUAUGGGUGUCUGCUUAUCGUGCUUAAGGGGUAUUGAUGAUGAUGACCAAUCUAUCAAUGAGACCACUCCACUGAUAAACGACGGCCACGACUAUGAUAAGGACAGGAGGCUAAAGGAAAGGGAAGAACAGUUGAAUGAGAUUGUUAACGACACCAACGAUCAUCUCAUAGAUAUACAGAACUUCUUUAACCCACUAGAAUCGAGCAUGAAGGAUCCACCGGCCGAGGACGAGGGAAGGACAUCACAGGCAAAGCUCAUAACCAAUGAGUACAUUUCACCAGAGGAAAAGGCCGCUUUGUCGGAAUUACAUCAGGAAUUGUUCAAAAUUGUUAAGGAGGACACAACUGUUGAUCCUGUGGGCCCAUUAAUUGCCAAUUUUAACAGUUGAGCGU